AUGGGUGCAGUCGAGACGGAUAAGGAGAACAACGUGGUCGGGACGCUGAGGGAGAAAGGCCCAGCGACGCCCACGCAGCUGCUGAAGCGCACGCGGUCGACGCUGCUGCCCAAGAAGAACGGGCAGCGCCAGCCGCUUGCCAGCAAGGACAAGAACUACAACAGGUCGUCGAGCUACUUGUCGCUGAAGCGGAACAGCAACCAGAAGAAGCUGAAGCCCGCUGUGACGCGUGCGGGCAGCACAGCGAACAACGCAAACAGGAGAGUUACUAGUCUGAUAUUGAAAGAUAUCGCUAGUGGAGACGAGAAGGAGAGCGCCAGCGAAAGUGACAGCGAGGACGACGAGGAGAGCAACCCGCUGGCAUUGAAGAUCAAACAGGCGCUGACACAUAGCAUUGCCAGCGCUGAGGGUAAAACUGGUCUUCUCAACGGGAAAAGUGGGUUGCGUAAAAUAUUCAACGACCGUGACCUAGACAGAGAAAUAGAAGUUGCCUCAGUGAGAGAGCCAGAAAAACCUUACGAACCAGAAGGGUACGAACCACUAGACGACUCCGACCUGGAGAAACUUAAACUGAAAAACGCCAUAAACAGACCCACUUUCAUAAUGGAUUCUCCACGCGCUAUUUCAAUAGUCGGUGAUGACUCUCCUCAGUUGCUACCGCUUGAUCUAGAGGAAAGUAAGCUGGAAGAAGGUGUGCUAAAUGAUAAGAAUACAACAGACGAGGUCAUUACCCGAGCAAACACACAAGCAAAAAAUGCAAACAUUACUGAGAGCAUUGACGAUUGCUCCUCUGUCGAAAUUGACAGUAUAUACGAUGGAAGGGGCCUGGACGAACAAGAGUUACUUGAUCUGCUGGAUUAG